AUGUAUUCGAAAUAAAAGAAUCAAAAGGGAAAACCUGAAUGGGUUUCAUCAUUUGUUGAUUAGGAUCGUUACAAGUUAUCAUAAGCUGAAUUGAUGUAAAAGAAAAUUAGUUUAAUGUCAAAACAUCGUAUGGAAGCAAAAGAUUAAUGGUAAUAAGUUUAAGAAAAAUUGAAAAAUAAUGUAAUGGAUGACGAUACAUAAAAAGUUAUAAUAUAUCAUUACAAUAGAUUUAUCUUACAGCAUUGCAUUCUAAGGGUUUAAAUAAUUCAACGUCUAAGAGAAGAAAUUUAACAUAAAUGAUUGAAUGGGAAAAAUCUGAAAGAGCUCAUUCAUAAAGUUAAUUUAAACCAGAUAUUCUUGAAUAAGCUAAAAUGUUAUUAAUGGAAAGUGAAAGAGAGUAAUAAAAUUAGGAUCCAAAUUUUCUGAAUAAAAUAAAAUAAGACUUAGAAGAAACAAAAUCAUUCGUUGCAAAAGUAUAAUUUAUAUUAAUUAUUCUAGGCAUAAAGAUUAAAGAAGCCAGAAAAAAUAUUAAAAUCAUAAUAAGAAAAGUCAGUUGAUAAAAUAAAAUAAUAAGAAAUAAAAAAAUCAACAAAUAAAUAAAAUCAAAUAGAUGAUAAAUGUACAGAUAUUUAAGAAAACUAUGGUUUUAAUGGAAUGAAAAAUUUAGAUAACGUUAUUUCAUUUUUAGAAAAUACUUUACAUUCAUAAGAAGUUUAGAUUUCAUAAUUAAAAGAUGAGAAUCCUUUUAGAAAUGCUGCUUUGACUGAUACAAAGUCUGUUUAUUCAGAGAUUCCACUUUAAUCUAUAAAUAAUACAUAAAACAAAUUUUAUCCAAAAGAAGAGAAUUGUUUUAAUUAAUAAAGUGUUGAGAAUGUCAAUUAAGAUUCAAAUUAAUCAACUUUGAAAUGUUAAAUUAAAGAAAAUGAUUUUAUAAAUUCUAAGAUUUAAAAAGAGAACAUUACUAAUAUAAAUUAAUUAGAAAUACCAAAAUAUGAUAUACCGAAAUAUGAAUAAUUUAAGAAAGACAUAAUGAAAAUAGAAGAAUAAUAGCCGAAUCAAAAUGUUUAAUAAAGAUUGAAUUUUGAUAAGGUUUGUUUCACAACAAAAAAUGAAUAAUCUUUUGAUGAUAAUAUAGAUUAAUUGAGAUAGUUAUUAGAAUAAACAAGAUAAGAAUUAAAUUAAAUGAAUUUGUAAGAUUCAAGUAUAAUGGAAUGCAAUGAUAGUUAAAUAAAUAUAAAGUAAAAUUAGUUUGAACCAUUACAAUAAAAACAUUUAAAUUACUAAAAGAUCCAUAGAAAGUAUAAGAAUUGUGAUACUUUUGAUAUAAAUGAUCAUUUAAUGUGA